AGUUUUACAUAUCUUUAGUCAGGCCUUUUGUAACAUGUAUUUAUUAAAGACUUUUAUUUUUCGAUCACAUUGCAUGUCUGCUAAUUAACCAUAACGCUUAAUUAUAAAUAUCGUUUAACAUUGAACAUUUUAAAUGAGUACAGUCAUCCUAUUGUACUUCUUAUAUAUAUAUAUAUAUAUAUAUUGAGCACACUGAAAUCGUGUGUAUUUCUUCAAGCUGUGUAUACUAUAAGUGAGUGAUACUUUAAAUUAAAAAAAAGCUCGUAUAUCAAAGUUUAUUAUCACAUAACCUUAGUUUCUUAAACGUUAGGAAAAUUCCAAAGGUGUAGUAGUUUACAAAACUAAAAUGAUUUUUUAAAAAUAUCAUAAAACCGAUCUUAAUACAAAAUGUUUUUAAAAAAAGUUUCGUGUCAAGAUAAUGUUCUAUUUGUGAUAUGGUGUAGCUGGUAAGUUAUGGAAAAUCCAUCACCGAUAAGUAAGUUUUAUUUUCAUCUUUUGCAAUAUUCAAUUAAUAUGUAUUUAUUAAAAAAUAAAAUAUCACUUGUGGAGAUAAGUUAUUUUAUCACUUUAAAAUUACUUUAUUUAAAAAAAGUAUCGUUUCACAUAUAUAUUUAACUAAGGAGUUUUAGAAUUUAUAAAUAGUAUACAUUUAGUUUUGAAAAUUUUACACACACCCAUCCCACGUAAAUCUCAUUCGACAAUCACAAUUAACAUUUUCUGGCUCUGGUUCUGGUAAUGUUUCUUUGCUGCAUCCAUGUACUGGCAUCUUUGCAAUGGUUGGGGAUAUGAUGUUGCUAUUCUAACAGCUCCUAGCUGAUGCCAGGGCAGCCUUGAAGCUUUCGACUGAUGUCGAGUUCACAGUAUAUGAUGAACUAUUAAAUAAAAUCAACGUUGUGUAGUUUAAUUAAAAUACUUUUUUUCCCCCUUUAAGUCAAUCAUUUAAUUUUUUUUUUCUUUUUUAAAUUUUCAUAUAUAUUUUAAAUUAGUCUAUUUAUUUAUCGUCCAGAAAUUUUAUUUAAAUGAAAACCUUUUUAGUCGUUUCACUUUUUUUUUUCAUGUUUUUUUUUUUUUUUUUUUUUUUUUAAAAAAAGUUUUUUUAAAUUUUUUUUUUUUUUUUUUUUUUUUUUUUUUUUUUUUUUUUUUUUUGUUGAAAAGAAGUUUUUUUAAAGUUUUUUUUAUUUCAUAGAAUUUUUUUAAAAGAUUAUUCUAAUUUUAUGGUACUUUUAAAAACAAAUAAUAUGCUUAAACAGGAUUUCAAGCUGCCAUGCAAGUAAAAAUUGGAAUUCGUUUUUUGAUAUCUACUGUAACUAUUUGUUUCCUCUUUGGUCACAUUUGUAAGUUUUUGCAUGUUCUUGAUAUUAAAAUAAAAUCGAUAAUAUUACAUACAUUUAGUAUAUUUUAAACAAUCAGCCAUAAAAAUACAUUGGUAAUAAAAAGUGUAUGACAUACAAAUGUAAUAUAUAUUAACAUAACGCAUUUCAACUUGAUCGAAUAAUUUAACAAAAAAUUACUGUUUAUGUUUAAAUUAAACUUAAAACAAAAUUAAGUGAGAAAAGGGGGGUGGGGAUUUUAGUGUUUUAACUAUUGUACUAAUUCUGAGUUUGUGUCUAUUCUAAUUUAGCCGUGAUGUGCCAGGUUACAUCUUGUAAUCCAGCUGCUCUUGGGAGCAACCAUCAAGUUGUCUUCAAAGUAAAUUCAUCCUGCUCUAAUGCAAUGCCUCGAAUUGUGACUACAUUUGGUGUUUUAGAGUGUCCAAAUUACACUUUACCAAACCAAAAAGAAAAUAUAUUUAAUGUUACAUUAUUAGAAGAGGCUAAUGAAGAUGUCUUAACCGUGAAUAUCUACAAUGUAUCCAUGACAAAGAAUGGCGCUCACAUGUUUUUAACUUUAACUGAUAAUGCCAUUACAGACAACAACAAAAAGUGUACCGUUUCAUUUUACCGUAAGUGUAAUGUGGUUAUUGAACUACCUGCUAUGUAAUAAUUAAAUUAAUUGUUAUUGAUAUGCAUUCCUUAUUCUCAUUAAAUAAAUAGUGUAAAUCGUAUGCUUUUUGUUUUCCAAGAUCAACAUUUCAGUGAAAGCCAGAGAAUUGAACUGCUCUACAAUUAUCACUAAAGAUGAAAUUACAGUACAGUGUUUGAGUUCGAGAAUGUAUCCGAAUGGUGAUUGUGUGUUUGAUACUGACCUUAUAAUCGUAAGCUCAAAAUUGCAUCUUAAAAUGUAUUAAAACUUUUAAAAAGAAGACGUUUUUUCUUUAAUUUAAAUAGACAUAAAUAUGUGUACAUAUUAAAUGUUCUAUUCAUUAUGUAUACACCUUUGUCAAAGAAGGUAAUUAAUGCAUUUAUUAAAAUUAAAUCUUUUCUAUUCAAUAAUAAAAACUUAUAACGAGUAAGGAGCAUAUUCAUUAGUAGUAUGUCAUUGUUUACUCUUUGCAGGGAAAAUAUAACACAAGCAAUUCUACGAUCAACGAAGCUACAAAAAUGAAUGUCAACCACUCCAUGAAAAAUUGCUCACUUUCAAUUCCUGUCACAAAUUCAACAGACGGGCUAAUAACUGUAAACGUUACAGUCUAUCCAAACGUAACAGGUCAUGCAAAUGACUCAAAAAUUUACGGAACAAAGAAAUCCACAUUUUUAAAUCUAGGUUAGAAAGUCUGAUUAAAAAAUUAAAAACUGUGGCCUUCUAAGUUACUUACUAAUUACCGUUCAAUAUCAUUUAUUUAAAUUAUUCAGCACCGCGUUGAGAUUCGUAUAAACAAUUUCAUGUUUAGUUAACCAAACACACGUUACAGAAUUUAGGUCCUAGAUAAAUUUACAUUCCUAUAUUUUAAAUAUAAGUGGCUUUAUUGUACAGUGUAAUAUGUACAGUGAUGUUGAAGAUGUAAAUGUGAAGUGAUUAUGUCAAAAACUGAUUGGUAAUGGAACUUGGUAAAAAAAUUAUUAUUAGUUUGGGAAACGCCAUUUCAUAAAAUAGAUAAGUGACCAUUAUAAUAAAAAUCCUAUGUCACUUUGUCUUUGCAGGCGAGUAUCCUGCGAUAUUCUGAAAUAUAUAUUUUGCUUAAAAUGUCUGAGAAUCACAUUAUCCCAGUCUGGUGACUGCUUGCGCAGUAUCAAAAUUGUAAUUGUAUUAGUAUUAAGCGACAUGGUUCAGAAGAUAUUUUAAGAUUUAGCUUAUAUACCAGUACUUCAUGUCAUAGACAUUUCAUAAGAUUUUUUUUUUUUUUUAAAUACAAGGGAAGUUUAGAUAUCCGACGAAAUCGAUGAUUCGUGUUUGGAAAAUAGAAGUUUUGCUUUCCUUUUUGUUUUGCAUUUUUAAUAAAUGCAAAUACGUUAUUUAUUCCGAGCAAAAUAUAAAUAAAAUAUAUUAUAUUUAUUCAAUUUUAAAUGUAUAUAUGUAUAUGUAUAUAUAUAUAUAUAUAUAUAUAUAUAUAUAUAUAUCACAAGCAGGCUUUUAUUUAAUUUUUUUUACUCAGAGAAACCAUCAGUAUCUAUUCAAAAUUGCCCGGAAACAGUGCAAGAAGGAAUCAAUAUAACUUGUUGUUGUGAAAGAGCUGACUCGAGUCAAGUUGAUGUUGACAUUUAUUGGUAUAAGAACACUCCACAAAAUAUCGUCAGUAACGGAUCAAUCUCAUUUAUAGGAAACAGAAAUAUGAAAGGUAAUAACAUCAUUUUUAGUUUACAUUAGCGAACUGACUUUGUGUGGGAUGGACUGUCCGGUUUGACAAUGCGCGCCACCAUUAACAUAUUUCAAGAUUCGUUCUUACAAUUUUCAUUUCAAAACACUUGCUAAAUACUUCCAAAAUCCCUAAUACUUAUUUCAUUUUUAAAAAAAAUGAAAUUACUAAUUUACUUAUAGAAUAUAAAGAUAAUUUUAAAAAAAUUUAAGGGUAUUUUAUUUUUAAUCGAAAACAUAAAAUAUUCUUUACAAGAAACCAUUUCCUUGUUUAGUUCAGCAUCAUUCACUGACAUUAUCGAAAAAGGUGAUAAAUAUUGAUUUACUCAUUCUUUUUUAAUUAAUAGAAAAAUCUGUUAAAUAUGGAAAUUGUCUUAAUCGGAGAGGUUUUUUUCGAAAAUGAAAUUAUUAUAGGAAGAGUUUCUUGGAUUUCUGUGGUUUAUAGUUCUAAGGCAGAUGGUAACAGGUAAUUAAUUGAAGUAUUUUGGUUUUGUUGUCCUAGUUAUUUAUUAUUUUAAAACUCAUUCAAAGGAACAUGCUAAUGUAUAUAUAAUAUAUAUAUAUAUAUAUAUAUAUAUAUAUAUAUAUAUAUAUAUAUAUAAUAUAUAUAUUAAAUUAAUGUUUCAAUCUAUUGUUCUGUUUACACAGAUGUAUAAUGUAUUAUUAUCUAAAAGGAAGAAUUGUAAGAUUUUUUGGGUGGUAGAUACGUUACAGUUUAUAAAACGAAAACUCAUCAAACUUAAACCAUAAAAAAUUGUUUAUUAAGUGAACAGAACAAAUCACCCACAUGAAAUUGGCCCCUCUUCGCUAGUUUGUAGUAAUUAUGAUCAGUAAUUAAGUUGUUCAUAAUGCCGAUAUGUUGAAAGCAAAUGAUUUUGUGUGAAAGUGCGUGGGAUAUGAUGUUGGAAGGAUGACAACGAAAACUUACAUUAUAUUAUAUAUAAUAAAUGUAUAAAGUGUGAGAAAGGAAAGGAAAUGUUGAAAAAAAUGGUUUUCAUUUUUAAUUUGAAAUGGACAGUAGUGUUUGAUUAAAAUGUAACAGUCUAGAUAAGGCUGUAUUGCAGGGGUGCUCAAAUUGUUUAAUUAUUCGACCGUAUCUCUGUGCCUUAGACACUUGGAGGACGUUUUACUUUCCCUCAGACACAAUUUGGGCAACAUAGCAUCGUUUAAAAUGUAAUGAAUUCCUGUGCACAGUGCACAUAUAGUAUAAUUAUUGAAAAAAUGAACAGGGAAUUUUUUUUUAUUUUUUUUACAAAAAAAUAACAAUUUUAAACCAAUUUAAAUUAUAGAUAUUUCAGUGGAAAGUAAUGGCCUGCCUUUGGCUAAUUAGAUUUUCAACAUCCAUUUCCAUGUUCGUUACUAUUACACGGGUACCCAUACGACGGCCCAAAGGCCGGGUUAACGACACAAUGUGGGCCUGAUCCGGCCCGCGGCUUGUUUUUUCAGGAACCUUUAUCAAGUGAAUGAACUGAAGUGAAUGUUGUUAUUGGUUUUAAACGUGAAUGAUUUGAGAUUUCAUUAGCAUUGGUGAUUUUUAUUUCCAAAUUCAAGAAAUGCAUUAUUGUCAGUCAAAAGACAUUUUUGGACGGACAAGUAACCCUGUUUUAUAUCAACCAAAUAUUACAUGUAAGUAUUCAUAAAAAGUGCUGCUUUUUAAGUAUGUAUUUGUUACAUUUGUAAUAAUGGCAAAAUUUAGUUUGCAAAUAUUUAUUUGUCUUAAUAUUAAACACUUAACAAAUAAUUAAGCCUAUAAAAAUAGUUAAUCCAUCCAUCUAUCAAUCCAUUCAUCACUACAUCCAUGCGUCCAUCCACAAUCCAUUCACACAUCCAUCUAUCCAUAAACCAAUAUAUCUAUAGCUUUAUAGAUAUUCAUUAAUAUACAGGUUUUGCCCAAAUUUGAGACGGUUGUUUAAUAUAUGGUUAUUUAUUAUUGUAAUUGCUUUGUAAUUUUGCAGAAAUAAGGCGUCACUCACAAGAUAUUUUGUUCCAUGUUUCUGUAAUGGUAUAACACUAUAUGAACUCAAGGCUGUUGUCUGUGCAAUAAUUAGCUUUAUCUCAAUGAUAUAUUCUCUUCAUAGCCAACAUCACAUGUCCCCUCACUCCAGUUAUCAAACAAGUUUUUACACAUUUUAGACAUUCAUAAAAGAACUCACCGCGUCCACACUGACCACAUGACAACAACAUAGAACAAUUAUUAAAACAGCGACUGUUACUGUAAGAGUUUCCUAAUUUUGUAUGUUUUAAUGCCAAUAAAGCAUUCUUCAAGCAUUUUCUUCAUGUCUUCUGCUGAAAAGCAAUGGUAAUUUUCUCUGAGGGUAAAUACUUUUUCCAGAUUUGCACAAACGACAAUAUAAUGAGUCUUUAUUACGACUGCUUUGUGACCUCAUGCCUGGUUAAGCAAAGAUACUUUUACAAAAAAACAACAACAACAACCGAAAGUAAAUAUUUUUUCUGUUUGUGUGAGAUGGUGCUUCUUCAUAUUGCAUCGUCGAGAAUGGCUACUAAUUUUUAGCUUAAAUAGCAAGGCAACACCAGUAGAUAAUGUGAUAUCAGUAAUAUUCACAAUUCUGGUUCUGUUUCUGGUAAUGUUUCGUUGCUGCAUCCAUGUACUGGCAUCUUUACAGCGGUUGAGGAUAUGAUGUUGCUAUUCUAACAACUCCUAGCUGAUGCCAGGGCAGCCUUGAAGCUUUCGACCGAUGUCGAGUUCACAGUGGCCUCGUUCAGGUGGUUCCAUUCUUUUAUUGUGCGUGGGAAUAAAGAUUGUUAAUACUGAACUUUGUUGCACUGAGGAACUUUGAAGCAUUUGCUAUUGCUUCUGGUGUAAUUGUUUAUGGGAAUGUCAGUGGUGAAGUCAGUGUUCAGUGAGCGUGUUGCUCUGAUCAGUCUACCCGGCUUCUGUGGAGUGAGUUACGUGCCUGCUGAGAUGGCCGGCACAAGUACCAGGAUCACUUUAUAUAAGAAUAUCAGGCGGAGCCCUCUCGUCUGUCUUUAAGGGAGGACGGUAUCAAAUCUUUUUAAUAGCCGUGACGAAGCCAGGAGUGGUGGAUUUGUAGUCUCGAGCAAUAAAACGCACCGCGUUACGUUGAAUUCGCUCCAUCGUGUCCACGUCUUGCUUAAGGUGUGGGUCCCAGAUGACCAUAUUCGAGUAGUGGACGGACGAGUGCGAAAUAGGCAUUUUGUUUGCAGAAAGUUGCGCAGUGGCGCAGAUUUCUUCGGAUAAAACCUAGGGUGGAGUUGGCUUUUUUUUUAAUUUUUGUUUAUAUGGGGUGACCAUUUUUGGUUAUUUGAGAAGAUAAUUCCAAGGUAUGGACUAUUGGAUACUUGUGUCCAGGCUUUAGUAUUACAUGUGUUUUCCUUUUAUAAGAAUGUGAUAACAGUAAAAUUAAGUGUUUUCAAUGGUUACGGAGUCAUUCAAUACAACGUUUGUAUUACCUAUUCAAGACACAACUUGCCAAUCCAUGAUAUGUUACAGACGACUCAUCUUUUUUGGCCCACCUUCUACACAUAAAUUUAAAAAGUUUAAGAUAUCGUUUCAAUUGGAAAAAAUGGUUAACAUGUAAUAUCUUUUACAAUAUUAUUAUGUUAUAACAUUUUGCAUUUUUCGGAACAUGCAAUGAAACAUUGCGAUCAAUAAAAAUGUGUAAUAUUUUAUGUAUUCUAUUUUCACAGUUCCUCAAAUUAUUAAACAUUUUUCUGUUAAGGAAGACGUUAACAAAACAAUUUUUAUUAAACGUUUCACAAACAUGACUUUGUUCUGUGAAGCGGAUAAAGAAGAUAACCAGUUCAUUCAAAUAAUUAAGGAUGGGAAAAUAUUAGCUUCCGCCUUUAACAAUACAAUAGAGUGGCGCAUACCUUCAACAAGCUGUGAUGAUACUGGUGUGUACCAGUGCAGUGUUAGUAGAUAUCGUGAAUGGACACAUGACAGUUUAACAGUAAACGUUUGUGAAAUGCCCCAUCCAGGUGUGUUUUUUCAGUAAUGUAUUUUUUUAUUCACAUAAUUAUAAUUAAUGAUGUGAUAGGGCUAGUGUUUAUUUUAUGCAUCUACUCACAAUGUCACAUUCUCGAAACUUUCAAUUCAAUAUUUCAAUUAAAAUUUUUUCAGUAAUGUAUUUUUUUAUUCACAUAAUUAUAAUUAAUGAUGUGAUAGGGCUAGUGUUUAUUUUAUGCAUCUACUCACAAUGUCACAUUCUCGAAACUUUCAAUUCAAUAUUUCAAUUAAAAUCUUACUCUCGGAUAACUCAUUAUUGAAAAAUGGGGUAAAUUUCAACUGACAUCAACCAGUGCUUCAUGGUAGUCUGUCAGCUAGUAAUACAUCAAUUCUGAUUAUUUUUUCAUUCAUUCUAAUUUGCUCUUAACAGAAUGAAAAUAAUCAAUACAAAGUAUCGAUCAUCAGCAGUGGUCGAGAGCACAAAUAAUAUUUAAAUUACUCAUUGAUUUUUUCAUGUGCAUCUCUCCUUUAGGAAGAGUGGGGCAAUUUUAUACUUUGUAGAAUCCAGAAAACCUAGUAGGCUUUUUCCUAGCUUGAACGCAGAGCAUUGUAAUGUCAUGAACAUUAACUCACUCCCCAGAUUGUGGAGACUCAAAAUGUCUUCUUUUUUAAUUAAAAUAAAAAAAACAACUAAAAAUUUAGAGAAAAUAGUAGAAAAUGUUUUCUUACUUAAACUUUCGCGAUGCAUAUUUUACAAAGCUAAUAACAUGCGACAUCUCGUCAGUUUAUGUCACAUAAAAUGUGCUCUAAACAUUAUUCCAAAAUAAUAUUUAGUGGCCUCAAGUGCAAAUGACACCCUGAACUGUUGGCAUCCUGUUUCGUUGGCAAGAAUUAGCAGUUCCUAUACUGGCUUCGCGCUGGUAUGAGAAGUAUCUGCGAUUCAUGGCCUCGUUGCUGUCUUUGGGAAGUGGGAGCAUAUUCUGUAUAAUACGGGAGCAGGGGACAAGCCAAUUAUUUAUCUACUACAUCAGAAUGGAUAGUCGUCAUUCCUCCCAUUGUGAUUAGUCCAGUGUUUCCAGCCUGCUGCCAACACUAGAGGUAUUCUAUUCUGUAUAAUACGGGAGCAGGGGACAAGCCAAUUAUUUAUCUACUACAUCAGAAUGGAUAGUCGUCAUUCCUCCCAUUGUGAUUAGUCCAGUGUUUCCAGCCUGCUGCCAACACUAGAGGUAUUCCUGUGGCUGUUCAGGACAAAGCUAGCUGUCAGUUGCCUCAAACCUGUCGAUGCUCUCCUGGGUAAAUAGGUCCAGAAAGAGAAUGUAUAAUCUAAAUGAGGCAUGACAAAGACUUUAUAGGCACUUUUUUUAAAACACUAGAAGUGCCGACCUUUAGAUUACGCCUUAUAAACCCCAGGGCCUUAUUUGCAGGGUUGCACACAUGAUUAGUAUGCUCGUACCAACGGACCUCUCUUUGAAUGGUAUGUGCAAGUUCAUCUCCCAUUAAGCUAACAGAUUGAGAUCAUUCUUGUGGUAGCAGGUCCAGGUCAGAUCUGUUGGCGAUCGUCCUAUACACGUCUGGACAAUAUGCUUUGUAGGUGUUAAUGGAGGGCAAGCCUUGCCCUGAAAUAUGGAUAUCUUACAUGACAGGGUAGGUGUGAAAUGGUGCCAGGCGAAGUCUGUAAAGUGAUUCCAGGCGAUGGCUGUGAAAUGUAGCCAGGAAAUGGCUGUGAAUGGGUGCCAGGCGAUGGCUGUGAAAUGAUGCCAGGUGAUAGCUGUGAAAUGUUGACAGGUGAUUGCAAUGAAAUGGUGCCAGGCGAUGUCAGUUAAAUAGUUCCAGGCAAUGGCUGUGAAAUUACGCCAGGCGAUGCCCGUGAAAUGGUGUCAGGCGAUGGCAGUACAGUGAUGAUAGGCGACGGCAGUAAAAUGGUUGCCAGACGAUGGCAGUGAAAUUGUGCAAGGCGAUGUCAGUGAAGUGGUGCCAGGCGAUGGCAGUGAAGUGGUGCCAGGCGAUGGUUGUGAAAUGGUGCCAGGCGAUUGUUGUGAAAUGGUGCCAGGCGAUAGCUAUGAAAUUGUGCAAGGCGAUAUCAGUGAAGUGGUGCCAGGCGAUAGCAGUGACGUGGUGCCAGGCGAUGUCUGUGAAGUGGUGCCAGGCGAUUGCUGUAAAAUAGUUCCAAGCGAUGGCUAUGAAAUGGUGCCAGACGAUGGAAAUGAAAUGGUGGCAGGCGAUGGUUGUAAAGUCAAUUAUUUUUGAUCUGGCUCCGCUAUCAAUUGAAUGUGAUAUUGUGAAGUAUACAAAUUUUGAUAAAGUGAUUGACAGGUUUGCACCUUUGAAGACAAUAAGUGAAAAAUUGUUAAUAAAAUAAAUGUAUGUACAAAUAAAUACUUUGUCCUCAUGAUCUCAAAUUUAUGUGAUUUUCUUCUUGUCAUUGUUAUGCGGUGGACAUAUUCAACAAGAAGAAAUCAGUCAUGGAAGGUUGGUGGUGGGGGUUACACCAUGAGUUUACCGCACCGUAUGGCAAACCCCUGGUAUGCCACUGACACGAAUAUAUAUAUAAAUGUAAUCGUUCAGUUUUUAAUGAAAAUCUAUUAACAUGUGAUAUAUAACUUUCGAUUUUUUUCUUUAAAAUGUCAACUAACUUAAUUUAUUAACAGACAGUAUAAGUUUGAAGUUAUCUUUUUUUUCAAAUACAAAACAAAAAAAAAUAUGUAUUAGGUUAAAUUUAUCUACUAUAAUUAUUCUGUACAGCAGGUUCAGACGACAAGCAUGUCGACAUUAUUAUUCGAGUGUCUAUAGUUGAAGCAGUAUUGCUAGUUAUGUCAUGGAUUGUUGUUGCUCUUCUGUGUGUAAAACUGAGACGUAAGUCUAAGUCACUUUGUACUAAUGACACAAAUUCAUUGCAUGUAUAUCUUCUUUUUUUAAAUGUAGUGUAAGGGAUUAGACAUAUUUCCGAGUAAUUACGUGUUCCAGAAUCAGAUGAUUUCAUAGUAUUUAUGAUAGCUGGAGCGAUUAUCAUUUCAAUUUUUGCUUGCAUUAAAGCACACAGAAGUUAUAUUUUUUUUAAACAUAUUUUAAAGGAAACGGUACACUACUCUGGGGUUGAAUAGUUCAUUAUUUUUUUUCCUCUUAAUAUUGUCCCAUAAAAAACAUUUACAAUUGUAAUUAUAUUUUCAACAAAAAAAAAAAAAAACUUGAUUUUUUAUUUUUAAAAAAAAAAUUUAAUUACUUUUUUAAGGAUACACAAAUUCCAAAGGAAAAAUGUCUGCUAACGAAAAUGUUUAAUUAAAACAAAUAAGGGAAAAUUUUUUUUUAAACAUAUUUUAAAGGAAACGGUACACUAUUUUUGGGUUGAAUAGUUUAUUAUUUUUUUUCCUUUUUAUAUUGUCCCAUAAAAAAAAUUUACAAUUGUAAUUAUAUUUUCAAAAAAAAAAAAAAAAAACUUGAUUUUUUAUUUUUAAAAAAAAAAUUUAAUUACUUUUUUCAGGAUACACAAAUGCCAAGGGAAACAUGUCUGCUAACGAAAAUGUUGAAUUAAAACAAAUAAGGGAAAAUGAUGAUGGCUACUUAAUUCCCAUUGAUCUGACUAAUAUCAAUAUUGGCGAGCACGUCAGGGGAGAUUAUGACUCAUUAGAGCCAUAUCAUGGUUAUGAAACAAUCAGUGGAGUCGUAUCGUAGUUUUUUUGUUUUUUUUUUUAAACUAGUGAUAUGAAGUGAAACGAUGACUGACAACAAAGAGUUAAGAAUUUUACUUAUUGUCCAUUUAUUUUAGAAUCUCGUAAAUUACAUAUUGUUAGAAAGAUGAAUGGAAACGUAUUAUUAUAAAUAUUAACAGGAAAAUCUAAACAUUGGAGCGGUUAUGUUGAUGUAGAAUGUUAAAUAUACUAAUUAAUUUCUUUUGAAUCAGGUGUGCAUGGCUCAAUGUCUAAAUAAGACCCAAAAAUGUUAUAUUUUUCUUGUUGUAUUUUCUUAGUCGGAAUUUUUUUAUUCAAGAGGUAAAUUAAACAGCUAGAUUUUAAGUCCCUUUCUAGUGUUAGUAAUAAUAUUUAGUCAUGCUUAUGUAUCCGGGUCUUUCAAGUCAAAAUAAGACGUUUUUUCCCCCUGAUUUUGCAGUAAAAUGGGCUUUUCUUCCAGCUCAUUGAACAUAUCCACAAAGAAUAGUUCUUCAACAUAGUCUGCAAUACUUUAAGUUCUUCUAACUGGAAAAUAAUGUAUUCUUUUUAAAUGUAUAGCCAUUAUACUGUAUUUUGUAAUGCUUUGAUUCUUCUCACCCCUGUUAGUUUUAAGUAAAUAAAUAUUUCUUCAACGAUGGUAGUUUUUGUUUGGGAAGGCUGAAGGCCCAGAACACAAAAAAGAAAGCAAUUUUUGUAUGAUUUUCAUGACUUUGGCUUGUCAAGGCCUGGAUUUGUAUGAUAUAGUCAAAUGUACCUCUCUUUUGCCAAAGAUAAAGAAAUCGGAUAAGAUUUGCUCCUAUUUAGAGCUUGCUGGUUUAUUUUUUCAUUAAAAAUAGUUUUGACUUGGGUUUGACAAAUAAUUUACGUAUAUGGUUGUGAGUGCGUACUUUUUGUCAAACUUUACGCCUUAAUUGGUGAAGUCACAUCAACAGGAGCCUUUUCCUACAGAUGGUUUUUCCUUCUUAAGAGCGUUCUCUUAAAUUCGUAAAAAUAAAAUUCAACUUUACAUCCAUCUUGACAAACCUUCUUCACUUUGCAAUGUCAGAUUCUAUUCAGUUUAUAUUUUUUUACAGCAAUGUAUAAUUGCAAUAAAUUGUGGCCCAAACUUCCUAUUGUCAGAUCAUAAGGAAACAUGGUAUUCUGAGCCUUCUGCUUUAUAUGUUUGUCCUGCACAUCAGUUAAUUGCAGGGAGCAGCAGCUUAAGGCCAAUCUCUGCGGGAUUCCUUCCUUGAGAGCCUCCGAGUUCUAUACUUGAUGAUCUACUUUCGUAAAUGUUGUCCUGUUCGUCAGAAAUGCUUCAAUCCAAUCGAAUAAUUUUGCAGUGACAUCUAAUCCUUUCUACUUCUACAUGAUUCAAAAAACCAUACUAUAUAAUAUCCA